AAUACCAUCAUUAGCCAUUGAAAUAUUGUAUAGAAAAUGGAGAAAGCAUCAAGCAUUUUGUUCUCUCUUAUUAUCUUGUUCAGUUUGUUAGGUUCACCAUCACAUAUGGCGUUGGGGAAAUAUCAGAGGUGUCAAACUGUAAAAGAUUGUAAUCCUGCAACUUGUAAAUUUGGAAUUUUGAAUUGUAUUGAAGGAGUUUGCCUGUGUGACAUAGGGAAAACAUACCUUGCAAAUGAUGGUAUUAUAAGGAAGAAUGGUUCUUGCAAGCAAGACAGUGAUUGUAAAAACAAAUGUCCUCCUCAAUGUAUAGCAAAUUGUUUGGCUGGAGUUUGCUUUUGUACUGGCUGUUAGAGCCAAAAUUAAACAUGGUAGAGCCUGUAGAGGUAUAAGAAAACAUUUUAUCUUAUUGUUUGAGCAACUCAUAUAAUGGAAACAAUUCU